AUGAGUAGGCAAGAGGCGCGGGAUGCUGCUCGUCUCCACAUUGGCGAUACAGGAUUGAUUGACUAUGUGCUGAAAUCAACGAACAAUGUGAUUAUUGGAGGCUAUGUAGUUCGACGUGCAGUGAACCGAGCCACGAGGGUGUUGGAGUACACGAUUCAGGAACUUCGGAAUUGUGAUCAGCCUGAACAAGAAAAGCUCCCCGAGCCAUUUCAGGACUAUGCUGUUAAUCCUGGAGCUGAUGCGUACACUGAUGUUUUAUGCUUGUAUAAUAAUCUUCUUCUGAGCUUCGCGGAAUCUGAUGAGUUAAGCCUGGCUGUUAGGAUAGUAUCAGACAGCAAGCAAUUUUUGAAGGAAUGGCCAUUUCGUGAUGAUCCAGAUGACAGCUUGUUGAGGUUCAUUUGUUGCAUUUUGCCAAAUUCUAAUGGUUUGGAAGCUGUAUUUUCAAAGGGAUAUCCCCCAGGAGAGGUGGUUGAAGUUCCGCUACACUCAACAAUUGGUGAUCUAAAGAUAGCAGUUGAGUCUGCAAUGAGGGACACUUACUGCAUUAUAGACAAUUUGAUGAUAACAGAUAUUGCAGGGAUGGAGCAACUGGAAGAUUAUGAAGUGCUCUUUGGCAUCGUCCAGUCUGGCUCAGAACUUUGGGUGAGGGGUUUCGGGUUGGAUUUGGACAGUGAGUUGAAAAAUGAAGGAGGGUCUGAUAACUGGACAGUGAACUGUAGGUGUGGUGCUCGGGAUGAUGAUGGUGAAAGGAUGGUUUCAUGUGAUAUAUGUGAGAUAUGGCAGCAUACUCGCUGCUGUGGCAUCGAAGAUUCUGAGGUUGUGCCACCAUUGUUUGUCUGUGAGGCUUGCUGCACUUCACUUGCACCACCAAGAGCACAGAACAGCUUUGAGUUUGGUCAUUAUGGGACUGCUGCAGCACUAGUGCCUUGUGCUUCUCACUUUGGCAUGGACCUGAUAUACAGAACUUUUAGGGGCAGAUCACUGAUGUCAGGAUUUGUAUAG